AUGUCUUUCAGCUUCGGUAACCUCGGUGGUGGCGGCGCAGAAAAAAAGACAGGCACUCUUUUUGGAAGUACGACAGCUCCUCCUGGAGGACUCUUUGGACAAUCGCAACAACAGCCACAACAACAACAGGCCAGCGCGACACAGUCUAGUCUUUCUGGAUCGACGCAACAACAACAACAGCAGCAGCAGCAACCACAACAGCAACAGCAGUCAAACAUGAGCAACAGCUUGUUCGGCGCGUCGCUGCAGCCUGCGCCAGCAUUGAACAACGUCCAGGCCCAGAGCAUACAGCAACAACGCGAGGGACUACCGCAGCUACGACAGUCCUCUGCACAGCCAUAUGCUGGCUCAUCUGUCAGUGGACACAGGGAGAAGUCGGUAGUAGAGCAAAUACGGGUUCUAAACAACAAGUGGGACCCAGCCAACCCCGAAUGCGUUUUCCAGUAUUACUUUUACAACUCUGUCAAACCUGAAGAGGCGCCCUUCUAUGGUCCAUCCCAAGGCGAAGACGAGAGGAAAUGGGAGGAAGCUCUGUCCAAGAAGCCCAGUCCUGGGGCCAUUCCUGUGUUGGCUCGUGGUUUCGAGCAAGUAGCGGACCGUAUCCGACAGCAGUCGGCCGCCGUCGCAGCACUCCGAACGCGCCUACACGAGAUCAAUAACAGUCUCUCGUUGCUCAAAGAUACACACGAGCUGAACGUUGCCUCGCGCAUCACCGAGGCCAAACGAAAGCACAUCAUCUUCACACAGCGGACUCUGGCUCUCGCAACCAAGGUGCAGAUAUUGCGGAACCGAGGUUACGUCAUGGAUCAGCAAGAGGAGGAUCUCAAAAAGAAACUGUUGGAGUUGGAGAAGAAGACGUUUGACCCCGUGCUUGGUGGGCGGCAAGAGGAGAUUUGGGCUCGUAUGUCUGGGGUGCGCGAGCGAGCGCGGAUACUUCAAGCUGAGACUGAGAAGCUGGGCAAGACCAUUGAAGGGCAACAGAAUGGUGAAAUUCUCACAGAUGAAGACCAGAAGGCGCUAGAGAAGCUCCUGAAAGACUACGACAGGCAACUCGAUCAUCUCAAGAAAUGGGUCGAUGACACAAAGGAGGAGUACGAUGAAUGGGAGACUGCGAAGCAAAGCCGGCCAGCGAAGCGAUAG